AUGAUUCUUUCGCUGUUGCUGAUUGGUAAUCCGGAACGGUACAGCUACCGUGAUGUGAUUGUGAAUGAGAAAGAAAUUUCAGCAAAUAACCAGACCUCCCUUGGAUACAAAAACAUUUUGAUUUGGAACGAAGCUGAUCGAACGGAGACCGCUAAUUUUGGAAUCGGUCACGACCCUUUUGUUAAACACAAAUGCGAGGUCUCCGAUUGCUCAAUUUUUACUCGAGACACGUCAAUGUUGCCAUACGAAGAAUACGACGCCGUCAUCAUCCACAUGUUGUUCUUAAAAAUGUUCCAGUUGCCUGAUUUCGAGCGGCGAAGACAUCAGCGAUUCAUUUUUCUCACGCAAGAGACGCCCGUCAUGAUGCCGCUUUACAUAUCGUCAUUAGACAAUUACUUCAACUGGACGAUGACUUACAAAAGAAAUUCGGAUGUUCAAUUCCUGUACGGUCGCAUCGAACCUGAAGCGACGGCUCCUAAAACUCCCGAGGAAGUUGAAGAAAUGAUGGCAAAAACUCGUCACCCACUAGCCAAAAAUUACGCGGCCAACAAAACUCGUCCGAUUGUCUGGAUGGUGUCUCACUGCCGUACAAGCGGUCAGCGAGAAACGUACGUCCGCCAACUUAGUCAAUACAUUCCUGUCGACGUUUACGGCAAGUGCGGCAAUUUUAGUUGCCCUCGCAACGAGGCUAAUUGGAUCUCCGACCCGAAAUGUUACGACAUGCUCCAAACGCGAUACAAAUUCUAUUUGUCGUUCGAAAAUGCCUUUUGCACCGAUUACGUCACGGAGAAGUUCUUUGAAAUCAUGGACCACGACAUGAUACCGAUCGUGUAUGGUGCGGCUAACUAUAGCGAAAUCGCCCCUCCUCAUUCGUUCAUCAACGCCCUGGACUUUACGCCGGAAGGACUGGCCAGGUAUUUGCAAAUGCUCGAUGCCAACGAUACCCUCUACAACGAGUAUUUCUGGUGGAAGAAUCACUACCGAGUGGAGUCUGGGGAACCCCAGAUGGCCAGAUAUGGUUUUUGUGAUUUGUGUAAGAAACUCCAUCAGGAUGAAAGUGUCAAGUAUUACCCGGAAAUAAGAUCAGAGUGGCAUCCGAAUUCUCAGUGUCGCCAUUUGAGUUCAACUUGGGAAAAUUCCCCGCAAAACUAUCUGACCCCAGUCCUGUCUUGGCUGUUAUAUUUGAUGGGAUUUGUCUUGUAA